AUGCGUAAUCAGCCUCCCAAUCCCCGUGGCUUCCUCGUGGCCUCCCCCUCCCCGCGGCCUCCCCGUGACCUCCCCCUCCCUGCGGCCUCCCCGUGGCCUCCCCUCCCUGCAGCCUCCCAAUUCCCGUGGCUUCCCCGUGGCCUCCCCCUCCCCGUGCCUCCCAAUCCCCGUGGCUUCCUCGUGGCCUCCCCCUCCCCGCGGCCUCCCGAGGCCUCCCCCUCCCCGCAGCCUCCCCGUGGCCUCCCUCUACCCGCGGCCUCCCCAUCCCCGCAGCCUCCCCCUCCCCGCAGCCUUCCCGUGGCCUCCCCUUCCCCGCAGCCUCCCCCUUCCCGCGGCCUCCCCGUGGCCUCCCCCUCCCCGCAGCCUCCCAAUCCCCGUGGCUUCCUCGUGGCCUCCCCCUCCCCCCUCCCCUUCCCCGUGGCCUUCCCGUGGCCUCCUCCUCCCCGUGGCCUCCCCUCCCCGCAGCCUCCCAAUUCCCGUGGCUUCACCGUGGCCUCCCCUCCCCGUGGCCUCCCCCUCCCCGUGGCCUCCCCCUCCCCGUGCCUCCCCACGGCCUCCCUAUACCCGCGGCUUCCCCCUCCCCGCAGCCUCCCCGCGGCCUACCCCUCCCCGAGACCUCCCCCUCCCCGCAGCCUCCCCCUCCCCGCAGCCUCCCAUCCUCGCAGCCUCCACAUCCCCGCAGCCUCCACAUCCCCGCAGCCUCCCAAUCCUCCUCCCAAUCCCCAUGGCUUCCUCGUGGCCUCCCCCUCCCCGCGGCCUCCCGAGGCCUCCCCCUCCCCGCAGCCUCCCCGUGGCCUCCCUCUACCCGCGGCCUCCCCAUCCCCGCAGCCUCCCCCUCCCCGCAGCCUUCCCGUGGCCUCCCCUUCCCCGCAGCCUCCCCCUUCCCGCGGCCUCCCCGUGGCCUCCCCCUCCCCGCAGCCUCCCAAUCCCCGUGGCUUCCUCGUGGCCUCCCCCUCCCCCCUCCCCUUCCCCGUGGCCUUCCCGUGGCCUCCUCCUCCCCGUGGCCUCCCCUCCCCGCAGCCUCCCAAUUCCCGUGGCUUCACCGUGGCCUCCCCUCCCCGUGGCCUCCCCCUCCCCGUGGCCUCCCCCUCCCCGUGGUCUCCGCCUCCCCCCUCCCAUCCUCGCAGCCUCCACAUCCCCGCAGCCUCCACAUCCCCGCAGCCUCCCAAUCCUGUUUCCCCCUUCCCGCAGCCUCCCCCUCCCCGCAGCCUCCCAAUCCCGCAGCCUCCCCAUCCCCGCAGCCUCCCCAUCCCCGCAGCCUCUCAAUCCCUGCGGCCUCCCUGCGCCCUCCCCCUCCACGCGGCCUCCCCUCCCCGCGGCCUCCCCCUCCCCCCUCCCAAUUCCCGUGGCUUCCCCGUGGCCUCCCCCUCCCCGUGGUCUCCGCCUCCCCAUGGCUUCCCCCUCCCCGCAGCCUCCCCGCGGCCUCCCCCUAACCGCGGCCUCCCCCUACCCUCGCCUCCCAAUUCCCGUGGCUUCCCCGUGGCCUCCCCCUCCCCGUGGUCUCCGCCUCCCCAUGGCUUCCCCCUCCCCGCAGCCUCCCCGCGGCCUCCCCCUAACCGCGGCCUCCCCCUCCCCGCACCUCCCAAUUCCGCAGCCUCCCCAUCCCCGCAGCCUCCCAUCACCGCAGCCUCCCCAUCCCCGCAGCCUCUCAAUCCCUGCGGCCUCCCUGCGCCCUCCCCCUCCACGCGGCCUCCCCUCCCCGUGGCCUCCCCCUCCCCCCUCCCAUCCUCGCAGCCUCCACAUCCCCGCAGCCUCCACAUCCCCGCAGCCUCCCAAUCCUGUUUCCCCCUUCCCGCAGCCUCCCCCUCCCCGCAGCCUCCCAAUCCCGCAGCCUCCCCAUCCCCGCAGCCUCCCCAUCCCCGCAGCCUCUCAAUCCCUGCGGCCUCCCUGCGCCCUCCCCCUCCACGCGGCCUCCCCUCCCCGCGGCCUCCCCCUCCCCCCUCCCCUUCCCCGUGGCUUCCCCGUGGACUCCCCUCCCCGUGGCCUCCCCCACCCCGUGGUCUCCGCUUCCCCGUGGCCUCCCCCUCCCCGCGGCCUCCCCCUCCCCGCGGCCUCCCCGUGGCCUCCCUAUACCCGCGGCUUCCCCCUCCCCGCAGCCUCCCCGUGGCCUCCCCCUACCCUCGGACUCCCCCUCCCCGCAGCCUCCCCCCUCCCCCUCCCCGCAGCCUCCACAUCCCGUUUCCCCCUCCCCGCGGCCUCCCCCUCCCCGAGGCCUCCCCCUCUCCGCAGCCUCCCCAUCCCCGCAGCCUCACAAUCCCGUUUCCCCCUCCCCGCAGCCUCCCCCUCCCCGCAGCCUCCCAAUCCCGCGGCCUCCCCCUGCCCCCUCCCAAUUCCCGUGGCUUCCCCGUGGCCUCCCCCUCCCCGUGGUCUCCGCCUCCCCAUGGCUUCCCCCUCCCCGCAGCCUCCCCGCGGCCUCCCCCUAACCGCGGCCUCCCCCUCCCCGCACCUCCCCAUCCCCGCAGCCUCCCAUCACCGCAGCCUCCCCAUCCCCGCAGCCUCUCAAUCCCUGCGGCCUCCCUGCGCCCUCCCCCUCCACGCGGCCUCCCCUCCCCGCGGCCUCCCCCUCCCCUUGGCCUCCCCGUAGCCUCCCCUUCCCCCUGGCCUUCCCGUGGCCUCCUCCUCCCCGUGGCCUCCCCCUCCCUGCGGCCUCCCCGUGGCCCCCCCUCCCUGCGGCCUCCCCGUGGCCUCUCCUCCCCGCAGCCUCCCAAUUCCCGUGGCUUCCCCCCUCCCAUCCUCGCAGCCUCCACAUCCCGCAGCCUCCCCAUCCCCGCAGCCUCCCAAUCCCGUUUCCCACCCCGCAGCUUCCCCCUCCCCCUCAUCGUUUCCCCCUCACCGCAGCCUCCCCCUCCCCGCAGCCUCCCAAUCCCGCGGCCUCCCCCUGCCCGCAGCAUCCCCAUCCCUGCAGCCUCCCCUCCCCGUGGCCUCCCCCUCCCCGUGGUCUCCGCCUCCCUGCGCCCUCCCCCUCCCCGUGGCCUCCCCGUGGCCUCCCCCUACCCUCAGCCUCCCAUCCUCGCAGCCUCCACAUCCCCGCAGCCUCCCCAUCCCCGCAGCCUCCCAAUCCCGUUUCCCACCCCGCAGCUUCCCCCUCCCCGCGGCCUCCCCGUGGCCUCCCCCUACCCUCGGACUCCCCCUCCCCGCAGCCUCCCCCCUCCCCGCGGCCUCCCCCACCCCGCAGCUUCCCCUCCCCGCAGCCUCCACAUCCCGUUUCCCCCUCCUCGCAGCCUCCACAUCCCCGCAGCCUCCCCAUCCCCGCAGCCUCCCAAUCCCGUUUCCCACCCCGCAGCUUCCCCCUCCCCGCGGCCUCCCCGUGGCCUCCCCCUACCCUCGGACUCCCCCUCCCCGCAGCCUCCCCCCUCCCCGCGGCCUCCCCCACCCCGCAGCUUCCCCCUCCCCGCAGCCUCCACAUCCCGUUUCCCCCUCCCCGCGGCCUCCCCCUCCCCGAGGCCUCCCCCUCUCCGCAGCCUCCCCAUCCCCGCAGCCUCACAAUCCCGUUUCCCCCUCACCGCAGCCUCCCCCUCCCCGCAGCCUCCCAAUCCCGCGGCCUCCCCCUCCUCGCACCUCCCCGCGGCCUCCCCCACCCCGCAGCUUCCCCCUCCCCGCAGCCUCCACAUCCCGUUUCCCCCUCCUCGCAGCCUCCACAUCCCCGCAGCCUCCCCAUCCCCGCAGCCUCCCAAUCCCGUUUCCCACCCCGCAGCUUCCCCCUCCCCGCGGCCUCCCCGUGGCCUCCCCCUACCCUCGGACUCCCCCUCCCCGCAGCCUCCCCCCUCCCCGCGGCCUCCCCCACCCCGCAGCUUCCCCCUCCCCGCAGCCUCCACAUCCCGUUUCCCCCUCCCCGCGGCCUCCCCCUCCCCGAGGCCUCCCCCUCUCCGCAGCCUCCCCAUCCCCGCAGCCUCACAAUCCCGUUUCCCCCUCACCGCAGCCUCCCCCUCCCCGCAGCCUCCCAAUCCCGCGGCCUCCCCUGCCCGCAGCAUCCCCAUCCCUGCAGCCUCCCCUCCCCGUGGCCUCCCCCUCCCCGUGGUCUCCGCCUCCCUGCGCCCUCCCCCUCCCCGUGGCCUCCCCGUGGCCUCCCCCUACCCUCGUGGUCUCCGCCUCCCCUUGGCCUCCCCUUCCCCCUGGCCUUCCCGUGGCCUCCUCCUCCCCGUGGCCUCCCCCUCCCUGCGGCCUCCCCGUGGCCCCCCCUCCCUGCGGCCUCCCCGUGGCCUCCCCUCCCCGCAGCCUCCCAAUUCCCGUGGCUUCCCCGUGACCUCCCCUCCCCGUGGCCUCCCCCUCCCCGUGCCUCCCAUCCUCGCAGCCUCCACAUCCCGCAGCCUCCCCAUCCCCGCAGCCUCCCAUCACCGCAGCCUCCCCAUCCCCGCAGCCUCUCAAUCCCUGCGGCCUCCCUGCGCCCUCCCCCUCCACGCGGCCUCCCCUCCCCGUGGCCUCCCCCUCCCCGUAGCCUCCCCUUCCCCCUGGCCUUCCCGUGGCCUCCUCCUCCCCGUGGCCUCCCCCUCCCUGCGGCCUCCCCGUGGCCCCCCCUCCCUGCGGCCUCCCCGUGGCCUCCCCUCCCCGCAGCCUCCCAAUUCCCGUGGCUUCCCCGUGACCUCCCCUCCCCGUGGCCUCCCCCUCCCCGUGCCUCCCAAUCCCGCAGCCUCCCAUAACCGCAGCCUCCCCAUCCCCGCAGCCUCUCAAUCCCUGCGGCCUCCCUGCGCCCUCCCCCUCCACGCGGCCUCCCCCUCCCCGUGGCCUCUCCUCCCCGUGGCCUCUCCCUCCCCGUGGCCUCCCCCUCCCCGUAGCCUCCCCUUCCCCGUGGCUUCCCCGUGGACUCCCCUCCCCGUGGCCUCCCCCUCCCCGUGGUCUCCGCUUCCCCGUGGCCUCCCCCUCCCCGCGGCCUCCCCCUCCCCGCGGCCUCCCCGUGGCCUCCCUAUACCCGCGGCUUCCCCCUCCCCGCAGCCUCCCCGUGGCCUCCCCCUACCCUCGGACUCCCCCUCCCCGCAGCCUCCCCCCUCCCAAUCCCGCAGCCUCCCCAUCCCCGCAGCCUCCCCAUCCCCGCAGCCUCUCAAUCCCUGCGGCCUCCCUGCGCCCUCCCCCUCCCCGUGGCCUCCCCGUGGCCUCCCCCUCCCCGUGGUCUCUUCCUCCCUGCGCCCUCCCCCUCCACGCGGCCCUCCCUCCCCGCGGCCUCCCCCUCCCCGUCGCCUCUCCUCCCCGUGGCCUCCCCCUCCCCGUAGCCUCCCCUUCCCCGUGGCCUUCCCGUGGCCUCCUCCUCCCCGCGGCCUCCCCCUCCCCCAGCCUCCCAAUCCCGCAGCCUCCCAUCACCGCAGCCUCCCCAUCCCCGCAGCCUCUCAAUCCCUGCGGCCUCCCUGCGCCCUCCCCCUCCACGCGCCUCCCAAUUCCCGUGGCUUCCCCGUGGCUUCCGCCUCCCCGCAGCCUCCCCGCGGCCUCCCCCUACCCGCGGCCUCCCCCUCCUCGCAGCCUCCCAAUCCCGUUUCCCCCUCCCCGCAGCCUCCCCGCGGCCUCCCCCUACCCGCGGCCUCCCCCUCCUCGCAGCCUCCCAAUCCCGUUUCCCCCUCCCCGCAGCCUCCUCGCGGCCUCCCCCACCCCGCAGCCUCCCCCUCCCCGCAGCCUCCACAUCCCCCUCCCAUCCUCGCAGCCUCCCCAUCCCCGCAGCCUCCCAAUCCCGUUUCCACCUCCCCGCAGCCUCCCCCUCCCCGCAACCUCCCAAUCCCGCAGCCUCCCCGUCCCCACAGCCUCCCAAUCCCGCAGCCUCCCCAUCCCCGCAGCCUCCCCAUCCCCGCAGCCUCUCAAUCCCUGCGGCCUCCCUGCGCCCUCCCCCUCCCCGUGGCCUCCCCGUGGCCUCCCCCUCCCCGUGGUCUCUUCCUCCCUGCGCCCUCCCCCUCCACGCGGCCCUCCCUCCCCGCGGCCUCCCCCUCCCCGUCGCCUCUCCUCCCCGUGGCCUCCCCCUCCCCGUAG